AUGGCUCCCUCCGCUAUCACCGUCACCAGCAAUGGAGGCAACGACGGGCCCUUUGAGCUCGGAGUUCCCUCCAACCGGCCCAUCCGCAUCGCUGGAUGCUCGGGAGGCGUGUACGAUCGCAAGCGCGCCAUGGAGGACAUGGCCAAGAACGAGGAGGUCGACGUCAUCACCGGCGACUGGAUGUCAGAAUGCAACAUGACGCUCCGCGGCUCCGACAAGCGAGACAGGCUGGCCAACCGUGAGAUGGCGACCGGCUCGUCCGUCGUCGCAAAGGGGUACGAACCCUACUUCCUCGAGGAGGUCGACCCGGCCAUCCCGUGGCUGGCGAGGAAGGGCACGAAGCUGGCGGUGAAUGCCGGUGCGAGCGAUGUGCACGGCCUCGCUGUUGCAGUCAAGGAGCUGAUCAAGAAGAACGGCGUUGACCUCAAGGUCGGUGUUGUCGAUGGUGACGACGUGACGGAUGCCGUGUUGGAUCUGUACAGGAAGGGAGAGCCGUUCUAUAAUCUUCCCGCCAACAAAUCCAUCCAUGAAUGGGGAUUUGAGCCUGUCUGCGCGCAGUGCUAUCUUGGCGGCACUGGCAUUGCUGAGUGCUUCCGGGCCGGUGCUGACAUUGUGCUCUGCGGCCGUGUAGCGGAUGCGUCCGUCACCGUGGGAGCAGCGAUGUGGUGGUGGGGUUGGAACCGAGAAGAGCAUAUCACAGAGCUCGCAGGGACUCUGAUGGUCGGUCAUAUCAUUGAAUGUUCAACAUAUGCUACGGGAGGAUACUACUCUGGCUUUAAGGACCUCGGUGUCAACGACUUGGACAUGGGAUAUCCCAUCGCAUCCGUCGAGAAGGACGGCACGGCUGUUGUGACCAUGGAGAAGGGCCGUGAUGGCCUGGUGAAUGUCGCAACCAUCGCCAGCCAGCUUCUGUACGAGAUCCAGGGCCCAUUAUACUACAACUCUGAUGUCACAGCUUCGAUUGAAGAUGUCAAGUUGGAGCAGGUUGGGAAGAAUGCCGUUCGUGUGUUUGGCAUCAAGGGCUUUCCCGCUCCACCAACAACCAAGGUUGGCAUCACAGCAAAGGGCGGUUGGCAAGCAGAGUUCCACUUCUAUCUGACCGGGCUCGACAUCCCGGAAAAGGCUGCCAUGAUUGAACGCCAGACCAAGGCCCGCAUGGGCAAGUACCUCGACAAAUUCUCCUGCCUGAAGUUUAUGAUUGCUGGCGAUGUCCCCAAGGACCCCCAGUCCCAAGAGGAGGCCACAGUUGAUAUGCGCAUCUUUGCACAGACCCGCGAUCCCGAGUUGCUCUCCGGAAGCAGCUUCGUUGAUUCUGACCGAGGUUCAUUUGCGCGGUUCUGCAUCGAGAAUCUGCUCCAGAGCUACCCAGGAGGAACCAUGGCACCGGAUAUGCGCACUGCCGUAGGACGCCCGUUCUUCGAGUAUUGGGUCGCUCUCAUGCCCCAGACAUUUGUCGAGGAGACGGCCCAUCUUCCGGAUGGAACGGUCAAGAAGAUCAGCCCACCAACGAAAACACAAGAGUUCCCUCGUGAGCAGCCCUCACAGGCCGUGACGACCAAUCCUAUUGAUCUCAGCUCCCUCGGCCCAACCACUCGUGGACCAUUGGGCUGGGUAGUGAUGGGCCGCUCCGGAGAUAAAUCAUCAAACGCCAACCUCGGGCUCUUUGUUCGCCACGAGGAUGAGUGGGACUGGCUGAGAACUGUGCUGUCGACGGAGCAGCUGCGAAAGAUGCUGGGCAAGGACGAUGUCGGAAAGCAAAUCGACCGGUUCGAGCUGCCCAACAUCUGGGGAGUGCACUUUCUUCUCAAGGACCACCUAGACCGUGGUUUCAACUCUACAUCUAGCUUUGACAGCCUAGGGAAGAAUCUGUGUGAGUACAUCAGGAGCAAGUACGUUGACAUUCCGAACGUGUUCCUCGAGAGGGGCAAGAUCUGA